AGGGAUGACCUCUAAGGAUGAUUCAGGUGAAGCUUAUAGUAACUGGAGAUGACUUUGGCUACUGUCCUCGGAGAAACCAAGGCAUCGUGGACUGUUUCCUGGCUGGUGCGGUAUCUAACGUGUCCCUUCUAGUCAACGGAAGUGCUGCAGCAGAUGCAGCUGAGCUGGCAAGGAGAUACAACAUCCCAAUAGGCCUGCAUGCCAAUCUCUCCGAGGGCUCUCCUGUAUGCGAGCUGCUCAAGUCAAACUCAUCUCUGCUCAACCAAGAUGGAUUCUUCCAUGGGAAAAUGGGAUUCAGAACUGCUCUAUCAAAAGGUCUCCUGAACAUGUCAGAGGUGAAGCAGGAGCUAAAGGCCCAGGUGGAGCUGUUCCGUGAGCUGACAGGUCACCUACCUCCGCACAUGGAUGGGCACCAGCAUGUCCACGUCCUCCCAGAGGUCAGGCACGUGUUUGCAGAGGUGUUAGAGGAAUAUGGGAUUAAGUACACUCGUGUCCCAAUAGAGCCAGGCCUUCAUAACUGUGACUGGAUCCCACCAUCCCUGAUGGACUUUUAUCUGGGAGUAGAGGAAGAUUCUUUUAACACAGUGGAUGUGUUUACCAGGCAUGGAAUAAGGUAAGACAGGCAUUACUCAUCCUCUUUGUAGUA